CCUUCACACUAAUGACUAUAGCUUGGCCUGUUGAGUGAGCCCAGGCAAGAUUUUCUUUCCCAUUGCGGACUGGUAUACACGAGUGUCAAUGGCCGGCGAAUGUCGCAAGAGGUCAGAAAGUUCGCAGGGCUGUCACUCGUACCCACAUCCACCAUCACCUCGUUCGCAAGGUGCAGCACAGCACAGCACAGCACAGCACAGCACAGCACCUGAUCUGCUCCUUCUUGGCCACUGCCAUGUCUUUCAACAAUACGAUGAUGCAUCGACAGUCGACCGCCAAUGCGGCCUCGCUCGCGAAACAACAAGGUGUCUGUAGCACCGAAGACAAUCAAAGCAGCUCCGCAGAGCCAUCCAGCCUCGCCGCUGAUACUUACCCGCUCUGCCUGUCCGAGUACACACGCUAUGGCAGACAACUCAUCCUGCCAUCGUGGGGCAUGCCGUCACAGCUGGCACUCAAACGCAGCAGGGUGCUGGUGGUGGGAGCGGGUGGAUUGGGCUGUCCGGCGAUCCAAUACCUCGCUGCGGCUGGAGUCGGGCACAUUACUGUGGUGGAUCACGAUGUGGUGGAGAGGAGCAACUUGGCGAGACAGAUCCUGCACGAUGAAGCGACUGUCGGACUGAGCAAGGUGGAGAGCGCCGAGAGAGCGGUGCAGAGGAUCAAUCCUCACGUGCGAGUAGAUUCGAUCGCAUCUGCAUUCGACAAGACGAACGCCAUGCCUCUCGUUUCCUCGCACGACCUCACUUUGGACUGCACAGAUAAUGUUUUGACUCGCUAUCUCAUCUCCGAUACUGCUGUGCUCUGCAGCAAGCAGGUGGUCAGCGGUGCAGCACAAGGAGUAGAGGGGCAGCUCAUGGUGCUCAACAAGAAUCCUCACAACUCGGACGCGGCUCCGAAAGACGGAUCAUCUGCAGCAGGACCAAGCAGAGGGCCAUGCUACAGGUGCAUGUUCCCCAAAGCGCCCAGACCCGACGAUGUGGUGGAUUGCUCCGACGGGGGCGUCUUUGGUGGGAUCACCGGUCUGGUGGGCACUCUGCAGGCCGUCGAAAGCAUCAAGCUGCUCUCGGACAUGGGCGCAUCGACCCCUCCAGCUUUGCUCCUCUGCUCUGCUUUUUCCUAUCCGCCUUUUAGAUCGAUCAAGCUGAGACCUGCCAGACCAGAUUGUCGCUCGUGUGGAAAUCCUGAAAAUGUGGAAAGUCGCAUCUCAGAUCUAGCACAGGAGGAUUAUGCGGCGUUUUGUGGCCUCAAUGACGUGCGCGGUCAAGGGGGGAGCCGAGGCGGUCGAGAUCGGAUAUCUGUCCAGGAUCUCGCUGGCAUUCUGCAAAACGGAGCAGAGACUACCCAAGCCAAUCCUCGGUCACUUUUGAUCGACGUUCGACCAAAGGUGGAGUACGGCAUCGUCAGCUUGCCCAAUACCUGCAACAUACCGUACACCGACUUGCGUCGAAACCCUAGCGAGACUCUUCGGCGCAUCCGAACAUUGCAAAAUAGUGUUGCGCCCAUCAGCAGCAGCGGCAACCCUUCGAACCGCAGCACCUCGAAGCAGAGCACUUGCGCAUCGAAGGUAUCGCCUAGCAUCUACUUGCUCUGCAGACGCGGCAAUGACUCUCAGAUUGCCGCUGAUCUGCUUCACGAGGCUCAAGAUGAGCAAGCGUCUACGACAGGCAAUGAAGAGGUGCACACUUUCGCUGCGCAGCGCGCAGAUGGAUUCACCUUUGUAGACGUGAUCGGCGGGCUACAAGCGUGGAGCAAAGAGGUCGACCCGAGCUUCCCAGUCUAUUGA